CUGCUUUAGACUGCGCGUUCACCCCGAGGCUGAUUUCGUCGCAAAAAAAAGAAGCUCUCAAUCGACCUUCGACGUCAACCUCGACGAGCAAACGGAACCCCUGAACGCCAUUUUCUGACACGCGAGACGACGAGUUCUCCAUUGCAAUACUCCCUUUUUUCGCACAAGAGCGCCGCAGUAUACUCACAACAUCGUCUCUUCUACCAUACCUAUAUCGAUACCAUGGCUGAGACUGACGAGUGGUCGGCCAACGCCACCGAAUCGCUGAACAUCAGCUUGAUCGCGCCUGCUACCGGGGCUACAAAGACGAUUGCCACAUUCAAUCCCAAAUUUACGUACUCCAUCUUCGGCGAUGAUGAGCGCAUCUUCGGUUACAAGGAUCUCAAGAUCAACCUACGCUAUCGCACGUUUGACAUGCGCCCCAAUGUUCAGAUAUCCUACGGCAAGAAGUUCCAGUCCGUUGGAGAGACCGAGGCGGCGGACGUCGAUGCGACUCUGAAAGAGCACCUGCCGUUGGUUGCCUUCCAGCCCGCACGCGAAUUCAAUACAAGCUCUCAGAGCCAACCCGCCGACUGGACCCCUCCCGGCAGCCUGCAUUCGAGCUUCGAUGGCCCUGAUGGAACGUACGAGGUGUGGAAGGGGAGCCUCGCGGACCCUGCUGUUCGUCAGAUCGUCACUCGAGUCGAGAUUAUGGUUCCGAUGUUCAUUGAAGGUGGCUCGUACGUCUCCCGCGAUCCUGAAAAUGAGGAGGACCCGUGGAAGGUCCUCGAGGAUGCCAACCGCUGGACCACAUUCUUCCUCUACCGCAAGCAAACAUCCCCGGAAACCAGCGACAAGCCUUCCUACACCUUUGUCGGUUACUCCACUGUCUACAAGUUCUUUUGCUUCCGGCCGCCGACGCCGCCGUCAUCCGAGUGGGAUCUGCCAAAGGAGGAGUUCAACCUGUUGGAGGAGCUGCCCUGCCGAUCUCGUCUGUCACAGUUCCUGAUCUUGCCGCCUUUCCAGGGCAAGGGCAUCGGUGCCCGCCUCUACAAGACCAUAUUCGAGCACUACUACAACAACCCGCAGACCCUGGAGCUGACUGUGGAGGAUCCCAACGAGGCUUUCGAUGACAUGCGCGACUUGGCUGAUAUCACCUUCCUCCGGGCACUGCCAGAGUUCAGCGAGGUGAAGAUCAACACGGGCAUUGCUAUCCCUAGCCCCCCCAGUGGCACCGUACCCAAGGACUUAGUGGAUCAAGAACUUCUAAGAACCCUCCGUCAGAAGACCAAGAUUGUAGAGCGUCAGUUCAAGCGCUUGAUUGAGAUUCAGACAAUGUCACAGCUUCCCGAGUCUGUCCGGGUAGGAUUCGGCGACGAGAAGAAGCCGACACCUACCAAGCAGGACAAGCACCAGUACCGUCUGUGGCAGCUGUUUGUGAAGCAGCGCCUGUACCGACAGAACGCCGAUGUGCUCGGUCAACUGGACCAGUCUGAGCGGUCAGAGAAGCUCAACGAGGCCUUGGUCAGCGUCGAGCUCGAGUACGCCAGAAUUCUCGACUGGCACGCUCGCUGGGUCAAGAACAUGGCUGCUUCCUCUGCCGAGGACUCGGGCAGCAAGCGCAAAUCUGUGGACGACAGCGAAGAACAGGGUGCGGCCAAGAAGGUCAGAGUUGAGAGCGCUUAGCGUGCUGCAUUUCUCUCGCUGAGGCCCAAGAGCACGUGAGGAUGGACCGUUUGGGAUAUGGAGUUCAUGGGUGGUCUUGGAGUGUAUUUUUCCUCUCUUUGUAAUUCUACGCGCUGGCUACGGCGGCUAUGGGCCCGGUUGAUACCACAUAAGAAGGGCCACGACUAGCUUCACAAGACAAUGGAACGUGAU